GGAGGAGAGGCCAAACAUCCCACUGCACGCUGCAAUCCAUUCAUAUCCUCCAGAAUGCCUCACUCGGUAUCUCCGGGAACAACCCCGGCUCAAAACAAUGACGAGGGAACACUGCCAGAUGCCCCUCCAGUGGGCGAGACUCCGAAUGACGCCGAAGACAACACCGAUAACCCGCAAAAUGAAACGACAGAAGAAACUCUUGCGCAACACCUAUUUGACGACGACGACGAUGAUGAUGAAUUUCCAGCUUCGAGUGCGCCAGACACGAAGACCCCGGCGGUCGAACCGUCGGCGCCUCCACCAGCCAAAGUAGAUACCGACACCAUGCUUGCUUUCUAUCAGCGGCUCUUCCCAUUCCGCUACCUCUUCCAAUGGCUCAACCAUGGGAUCCUUCCUUCUCCGGACUUUGGAAAUCGUGAAUUUGCCUUGACACUCCAGAACGAUGCCUACCUCCGAUACCAGUCCUAUGCAACCGCAGACCUUUUUCGGAAAGAUAUCUUGAAGAUGAACCCUUCCCGUUUCGAAAUUGGUCCGGUGUACAACACAAACCCGCGUGAUCGGAAAACGCUACGAGGCGGCCAGAUGAAACCCAUCUCGAAGGAGUUGGUGUUCGAUAUCGAUUUGACAGAUUAUGAUGACAUCCGUUCUUGCUGCGUGAAGGCGAAUAUCUGCGGCAAAUGCUGGGCCUUUGUGACGAUGGCGAUGAAAGUUGUCGACACGGCGUUACGCGAGGAUUUUGGGUUCCAACACAUUCUCUGGGUGUAUUCCGGUCGUCGUGGUGCCCACGCUUGGGUUUGCGAUCCCCGUGCCCGGAAUCUUCCUGAUGACCGACGAAGGGCCAUUGCAGGUUACCUAGAUCUUAUACGGGGAGGCGCUCAAAGCGGAAAACGUGUCAAUCUAAGACGGCCUCUACAUCCCCAUAUGGCUCGGAGCUUGGAGAUUUUGAAACCCUAUUUCGCUCAGACUACACUGGUCGAUCAGGACACAUUCGCUGGCUCCGAGCAAGCCCAGCGACUUCUUUCCCUACUUCCCGACAAGUCGUUGAAUGACGCCCUGCGCAAGAAAUGGGAAUCGUCCCCGGAUCGCUCCAGCACCAGCAAAUGGGCCGACAUCGAUGCCCUCGCCAAGACCGGAAAGAGCAGUACCCUCAAACCCACCGCCCUCCGAGAUGCCAAGCAAGACGUUGUGCUAGAAUACACCUAUCCACGACUUGAUUCCGAAGUCAGCAAGAAAAUGAUUCACUUGCUGAAGAGUCCCUUCGUCAUUCACCCUGGUACUGGUCGUAUUUGUGUUCCCAUCGACGCUCGAAAGGCGGAAGAAUUUGAUCCUCUCUCGGUUCCGACUGUUACGGAGUUGCUUGCGGAAAUUGAUGCUUGGGAUGCAGAAAACCCCAAUAACAAUGGAGGUGCCGAUACCGCAGACGCUGAAGGAAGCGUGCCAAAUGGAUCGGAUGCCAGGGGCAGCCGGAAAUUGCAGGACUACGAGAAAACGAGCCUCAAGCCGUACAUCGACUAUUUCCGCUCGUUUAUUGCCGGGCUUAACAAUGAGGAACGAACUGGUAAAAGGGAACGCAACGAAGAGAAGGUAGAGGUCAAGUCUGAAGGCAUGGAAUUUUAGAGUCCCUGCUUUCUAUUUGCACCUUAUUCAUCCGAAAGGGUGUAUGAUACCGUAUUCUUGACGAUCAUUUUGGGCUUAUUUCAAGCGGGUUGGGAGUUAUUCUUUUUCUGUCACGCCGUGUUGGGUUUCAGGCGUUUGUGCUGUGCAUAUAGGUUCGAUUUUACACUUGAAUAUCAGUUCAAGGCCGCAAAUCAAUUGACC